AAGGGAAAGGGCAUACUUUAAUAUAGUUUAAAUGCAAAUGACAUCUGAACAGCCUCUCGAGGAUAAGAAGGGCUUUCUAAGAUUUCAAUCCCCACUUCAUCCUCCCUGUUUUAUUAAUAUACUAACAUUUGGCCCAUUUGAGAGAGAUCCACUGUUUUCCAUUAAACCUCUUUCCAAUUGAAAUGGAUUGAAGGCAUAGACCACAAUCCUCGAAAGGCACACUGCGUAUAUAUGAACCCCAUUAACCAAAGCUUCUCUUCAUACCCUAAAAGCUCCUCUCUCUCUCACACACACACACACACACAAUGGGUGCUGCUGCCCCUGCCCAUACUUCCUCUCUUGCUUGCGAAUUGAGAAUCAUAAGAGCAAGGAACAUUGAACUCAAGCCUGCCCGGAACCUGUUUGUAAGAAUCCACCUCUCUGCAGGAAACAACAAGACGAUUGCCCUCACCACCCGACAAAUUUCAUCCAACUCCCACCAUCUCUGCUGGAACCAGUCCUUCUCCAUCCAGUGCUUCGGAACCCUAGACUCCAUGGCCGCUCUAAAGCAAGGACAUGUGGUUUUCGAUCUCCGUUGCAGAAACCCCACACUGCCAAUUCUGGGAAGGCUUGGCGGCGGCGGCUCACGUCUGCUGGGCAGAGCAGAGAUUCCAUGGGAGACCCUGUUCCAGUCGCCGGACAUGGAAAUUGAGGAGUGGAUUACGAUGGGAAGCCCCGGUCGUGCGAAGCCUGUUCAUCGUUGUCAGGUGCAGGUGGGAUCGAAAGUACGGGUUCCGGCGCCGGAGAGGAGGAGAGGAGAAGAGUUGAGGAAGUGGAAGGAUGGGUGUGGGUGUGAAAAUGGCGUGGGGCGCAACUGCUUAGAUUGCGAGGUCUUUCCACUAGCAGCAGCUAUGGAGGCCCUGUAACUGUGUAAGAAGUCAAGGAGUCAAGGGUACGAGUUUAGACUACUCGGCGGUGUCCUCAAUCCGACCAGGAGAGGACGUAUUAAUAAUACUAAUUAUAUAUACUGUAAAUUGAUAUUUGGAAAUAUUUUUGUUU